CCCCUGCGCGACUCCGGCUGGGCAGGAUUCCGGACAACGCCUGGUUCCUCUCGGGUCCUUCCGGCGUCGCCGGAGUGAAUUGAUCCGGGAGUUGAAGAGGGCUCCAGAGGUGGGAAGUGAAGUCAGUGCCUCAGUUGCCGGUCAGUAUAUAUUUUGUGCCCUGUUCUUUUAUCACAAAAAAGAAAAGAAAUACUGCAGUGAAUGAAGAUUCCUCUGCAUUUUAGCACUGCUUUUUCUACUGUAGUUGGCUUUUGAAUGAGGAUGACAAUGGAAGAGAUGAAGAAUGAAGCUGAGACCACUUCCAUGGUUUCUAUGCCCCUCUAUGCAGUCAUGUAUCCUGUGUUUAAUGAGCUAGAACGAGUAAACCUGUCAGCAGCUCAGACACUGAGAGCAGCUUUCAUUAAGGCUGAAAAAGAAAAUCCAGGACUUACACAAGACAUCAUUAUGAAAAUUUUAGAGAAAAAAAGUGUAGAAGUUAACUUCACAGAGUCCCUUCUUCGAAUGGCAGCUGAUGAUGUAGAAGAGUAUAUGAUUGAACGACCAGAGCCAGAAUUCCAGGACCUAAAUGAAAAGGCACGAGCACUUAAGCAAAUUCUCAGUAAGAUCCCAGAUGAGAUCAAUGACAGAGUGAGGUUUCUGCAGACAAUCAAGGAUAUAGCUAGUGCAAUAAAAGAACUUCUUGAUACAGUGAAUAAUGUCUUCAAGAAGUAUCAAUACCAGAACCGCAGGGCACUUGAACACCAAAAGAAAGAAUUUGUAAAGUACUCCAAAAGCUUCAGUGAUACUCUGAAAACCUAUUUUAAGGAUGGCAAGGCAAUAAAUGUGUUCAUAAGUGCCAACCGACUAAUUCAUCAAACCAACUUGAUACUUCAGACCUUCAAAACUGUGGCCUGAAAGUUGUAUAUGUUAAGAGAUGUACUUCUCAGUGGCAGUAUUGGACUGCCUUUAUCUGUAAAUUUUAAAGUUUGACUGUAUAAAUUAUCAGUCCCUCCUGAAGGGAUCUAAUCCAGGAUGUUGAAUGGGAUUAUUGCCAUCUUACACCAUAUUUUUGUAAAAUGUAGCUUAAUCAUAAUCUCACACUGAAGAUUUUGCAUCACUUUUGCUAUUAUCAUUCUUUUAAGAAUUAUAAGCCAAAAGAAUUUACGCCUUAAUGUGUCAUUAUAUAACAUUCCUUAAAAGAAUUGUAAAUAUUGGUGUUUGUUUGACAUUUUAACUUGAAAGCGAUAUGCUGCAAGAUAAUGUAUUUAACAAUAUUUGGUGGCAAAUAUUCAAUAAAUAGUUUACAUCUGUUAAACAUUUCUUUACUUGAAAAAAUACAUAUAUAUAUAUAUAUGAAUAUAUAUAUAUGAUCAGAAGACCAAGAUGACUUGGUGUAAUGUCUAAAGAACUUCUAACGGGAGCUUACUAGCAGUUUAUCAGAUAAUAAAGCAACAAGAAUUCU